AUGGUAUCGAAUAUUAAUAAAACUAGAUUACCAUUAGCAUUGAAACCGUCAAACAGCACCACGUUAUUAUCUUCAUUAGAUUCAGAUGAAACGUUACCACCAACAACACCAAAUACUGAUAUAAAUCCAACACCAUCUUCAGCUAUUCAAUCUUCAUCAUCAUCAGAUGUUCAAUCUUCAUCAUCAACUUUAUCAAGACAAAAGAAAUCGGGUUCCAUCGCAACCAUCUCAGCAGAACAACAAAUGGUAACGAAAAAGACAAAGUCCAAAUCCAAGGCGAUAAUCAUCAAAUCAAAUAAUGAUCAAGAAAGCACCGAUGAUUGUACUGAUAUAGAAGUAGAAUACGACCUUGCAACUUGUAUCCAAGAAAGCGGUGGAAUUGACCAAUUUUUACAAACACCGUGUUUAACUUUAUAUAAGAAAAAAUUCACCAGCCAAGGUUAG